AUGGAACGUGGCCUGAAUGAUGGAGGAUACUUGCUCGGUGACAGUGCCUACCCACUUAGACCCUGUCUCAUGACCCCAGUCUCCCGCCCAGCAGAUGCAGCGGACAGACAAUACAACGUUCACCACAGGCGAGUACGAAACAUCAUUGAACGAACCUUUGGAAGAUGGAAAAACCGAUGGAGGUGCUUGCACAAAGAAGGUGGAACUCUUCGAUUAAGCCCCGAGAAGUGUUGCUCGGUGAUCAUUGCAACAUCUGUGCUACAUAACAUCUGUGAAAACCACGGCCUCCCUGUCCCAAACGACCCACCAGCCAAUGUGGAUAAUCCCGAUGAUGACGUCAACAAUAGACCAAUCCUCGAUGUCGAUGUCGAAGAAAGAGGUGUUGGAGAAAGGGCACGCUUGAUAGAUCAGCAUUUCAGGAAUAUGUAG